UUUGUCUCCUCUCUGCUGCUUUAGCUUUUCACAACUUUUUCUCGUUCAGUUUGUUAAUAUUUUAACAGAAUGAGGAGCUAACGCGGGAACAAGAGGAAAAGUCCGACGCUUUAAGAAGAAGAGGAAGUUUGUGUUUUAGAGCCGUGAAGGAAGAAGAAGAUGGAGGCGGCGGAGGAGAGAGGAGACGUCAACGUGGCGUCCAACAUCACAGAGGAAGAAACUCCUCCCACGGAAACAAACAGUAACUGCAACCACACUGAUGCCGCCUCCUGUCCAGCUGAGGCCACACCUGCGGUCACCAUGGAAACGGGCCAGAGCAAUGAUGUUCCAGUGACACCUCAAAAACGAGGGGGUGGACCUGUGGUCGUUCAAGGCAACGGCAAGAACACGGCCAGCGAGAAGCUGCAGAGAGUCCGCAAGUGGAGCAUCACCACGUAUAAAUGUACCAGGCAGGCUCUGUCAGAGAAGCUCGGCCGUGGAUCUCGGACGGUGGACCUGGAGCUGGAGCCUCGGCUCGAGCUGCUCAAAGACGACCGACAGCGCUACGAUCACAUGACCAAGCUGGCUCAGACGCUGGCCAAUCAGCUCGCUCAGUUCACAGUGACACAGAAGACCCUGGGGGACGCCUUCUCCGAGCUCAGCCUCAAAACGCCGACGCUGCAUGUGGAGUUCGGUGUGAACGCAGAGGCUCAGAAGUUUCUGUCUAAGAGCGGCGAGACUCUGACGGCGGCCAUUAAUUCCUUCACGUCCGACAUGAACACUCUGGUCAACAAAACCAUCGAGGACACCAUGAUCAACGCCAAGCAGUACGAGGCUGCCAGGAUUGAGUACGACGCGUACCGGGUCGACCUGGAGGAGCUGAACCUGGGGCCCCGGGACACCGUCACCCUGCCCAAACUGGAGCAGGCCCAGAAGGACUUCCAGAGCCAGAGGGAGCGGUACCAGACGAUCAGAGACGACCUGUCCGUCAAAGUCAAGCUGCUGGAGGAGAACAAGGUCAAAGUCCUUCAUAACCAGCUGUGGCUGUUCCACGGCGCCGUAGCAGCUCACAGUUUAUCAUGUCACCAUUUCCUCGAGCAGAACAUACGGCAGGCCGGCGAACAGCUCAGCGACCCCAGCAUGGACGCCCCCUCCUGGCUGGAGGAAAGUUGACCCGACAAAACGACCACAAAAACUCACCGUGCGGCAGGUUGACAGACGUGGGUUCGGAGGGGGUUUCAGGAUCAGUGGACACUAUAGUGGGACAAAUUUUGGGAGACGCUUGAUUUGGGAAUUGUGGACUAGAAAUGUUCAAAGGUAGUUUAUUUAUACCAAAGAGGAACUUGGGUAUUUGAGAGUUCUCCAUAGAAUGGGGUGUUAGAUACCAGGAAGUUGGGUGGGUGUCCUGAGUGCUGGGGUGUUCAGGCACGUCUGAAAGUCUAAGAAAAGGUGGAAUUUCGUCUCUUUCCAGUUCUCAAAAUGUUGUAGAGUCGCAUAAAAGUCUUGGAAAGUUUUGAAAAUAAUGCUGAGCAUUCGCAAAUUAUAUUUAGGACAAAAGGAUCUCAACAAUUCUCUCUUCCUGUGUCACUGAUAUACAUUACUUGUCACUUCUGACCUGUUUAACAAGCACACACACAUAUACAUACAGUAUGUGCCCCUCCUGGUUUUUCCUUGCCUCUGUCUGAGUGUGUUGGGGAGUAAAUCCAUCUAAUCCUCUGUGAGGUAUUAAGCCUUCCUUUGAACUUUAAAAAUCCUCAGCCGCUGCCGUCAGAAACUCACAGCCUCAACACUUCACUGCUGGAAAAACAGCCUCGCUGUCUGCAUCAGCUAAAGUCGGGUUCCUAUAUCCAGUUCUGUUUUGAAUCCAGGUCCAGGUUGAUAAAAUACCUGGAUCCUCAAACUUUCUGAUCUCUUAUUGAAUCUUUUGUCUUUGCUUGUUCUUUUUUUUAUCUGCAAAGAAAACAGAAAACGUUCAGGCAGCAGCUUCUCAUUUCCAGCUGCCGCUGACUGUCACUUUCAGCUAAUUAAUGUUUAUGCCAGAAGUUAUUUGCUAAAAGGCUAAAAUGAAACUGUUCUCUGAAUAAUGUGUUUAUUUUUUGGCCUAGGAUUAUUGGUGAAGUGAAAGAGGCAUGUCUCAGUAUCUCCACUCUACCACUGCAAGUGUUUUUGUAGUUCAAAAAGCCGCAGCACAACAACAACAACAACAACAACAACAACAACCCUUGACUUUAAAUUUUUUUGAAAAACUCAACCCAAAUGGAUUCAAUAAGGGAUCUGAAAGGAUUCAGAUUUGGUAAACGGAUUUUAAACUGGAUUCAGAUUUGAUUAAAUGCUACCGAACCGCCACCGUAGCACAAGCUAUUCUGCAUAUUUUGGAAAGAUUCAGACAGUUGAAAGUAGUAACUUAGCAGCCACACAUGUGUCUGGUUUGCUGCUGGUCAUUUCCAUCUCUGGUUUGUGUCGCACGGCGUUCAGGAUCCUGUGGUAACCAGUAGUUUGCGACGAGCCAAAAACUUGCUGCCGUACGUCAACGACGUUGUCUCGUUCAUUGGUAAACAAAGGUUGGUUGAAGCCGAUCUGUCAGUCAGCCUCAGAUUUAGUUUAAGAAACACUUGUCUGUUUGGCUGCUGGUCAUUCGCUUUUGUGGAUUACACAGCAGAACAAUACUUUAAUACCAACCAAAAAUAUCGCUGUACGCUGACGAUGUUGCCGUGUAUGUUGGUGGAGGAAGGCUGAAUCAUUUUGAAUGAUAACAGCCUUCAAAUACCUACAUUUAUUCAGCUUAGUUUGAAAUGCUGAAUAAACAUGCUGCCUUUUUUUUCUAUUCAAAAACAAAGAUUCACUCUCUGUCCUUCCUUCUAUCCAGUCGGUGGAUAAAACAACAGAAACACACGAACAAUUUGAAGCAAUCUAAUGUAACAGUUCUGCUUUUGUUCAGUCUGUUCAAAGAGGUUUUUAAUUUAACUUUGUGCUAAUUUUUGAGGCAAUAUUGAAUUAGCUUGCAUCAUAUUGUAAAGUGUAACAGUUAUUUUAUCCACCUACUGUAUUUUUCUCGCACUCUUUGCACUUAAUCCAAAGCGUAAUCUGCCUUCGACAUUUCUUAUGACACUAUGUCAUGAAACGUUCAGUGAAUUGACUCUUUUUGAACUGUUUUGUUGUAUGAAUGUGUUUUUGUUUGUGUCGCUGUAGCUCAGGCCUGACAACAACAACUAUGCAGUGAGUGUGGAUGCUUUUGUGCAAUAACGUCCCGUAAACCGUCUCGCCUUAAAAAAGGAUAUUUACACUGCCAGUUAACGCCUUGUUUCCUCGUGUCCUUUAAAACUGUCCCGCCUGUCUUAAAUUUAGCCUUGAAGGGAAAUUCCACUCAAUUUAAAAAUGAAAAACUGUUGUUUCUGUAUUAAAAGCCCAACAAGAUCUCCAACUGAUCAACUUGAUCGAACAAGAUCUCCAAAUAUUAAAUUCAAAUUAUUUAUUGUUAAAUCAAGAAGAAGAAGAAGAAGAAAAAAGUUAAAGAGGAAAUUUGCAAAUUUAGAUUUUAGAAAGCUAGCAAGAAGGUUGGCUUAAAAUUAGCGUAGCAUUUUCUCUAACUCAAUGGUCAAUAUCCAGUAAUGUGAGUAAACAAACUGUGGAAGUUGCAAGAUGUGAUUGAAAGCCCUGUGGAAAAAUAUAGUAAGUGGACUUUAAACCUUAAAUGUUUGUGUUUCCAAGAUUGUGAUGUUUUUUUUUUCUUAUUUUAUUUGUAAUCACAAAUAAUUAUCUUAUCAACAGAAAACAAAAUGAGAAAUACAUUUUAACACAUUAUUAUACAUGUUUUACACCAUUUAUAUUGGGGUUUUUUAAAUUAGGGCUUCUUCCUUCACUGUUUUUGUUCAACUUUUUUCCGCUGUAACCAAAAAGCAAAAGUAAGUUUUUGUGCUUCCAGAUUAUUUUUACCUGUGUUCAGAUUAGAGUGAGGAAAUGAUUCAAUUUUCCACCUUUAAUAUGAGAUUAACUACAUUCUUCCUGCAUUAUUUUCAAUUUACCAGACUUUUACAUAGUUUUACAAAAACCCAAACAUAAUUUAAAUCAUUAUAACGUCUGAUCUGAAACAGCAGAGCGAUCUCAGCAGCUAACUGUUGAUAAAAAGUUUGGGACUUUUUGACGAGGGAAUAAAUGUUUUGGGGUUUUUCCAACAACUGCAGUUUCUGUUGUUCCCUGGUUUUCUUCUAAAAUCCAGUGAGUUGGACUGCUGACCCUAGAUCAGUCUCAGCUGGGCCUAUAUAUAUAUAUAUAUAUAUCUAUAUAUAUAUAUAUAUAUAUACAUAUACAAGACCAAAUAUGAAGAGAAUUUAGCUUUUUCAUUUGGGAUGUAAAUGCCAAAACAAGGACCAAAAUGUUUAAAAGUAAUAAAUUGUUUUAAUCUUGUUGAAAAUGUUUGUAUGACAAAAAACAGCCAAAUAAAUCACUUGAGAGCCAAAACGUGAACUAUGUUAUAGAUAUGAGUUUUGUUGAAUAAAAAGUUGUUUCAGUCUUGA